AUGGAAGCGGGUUUUUGGGACGAGGAAGAUGAUGAGGAGGAGGUUGAAGAUAGCUUACAACAAGGAAGCGGAGAAACCAGUUUUCCCAACAGCCAGGAUCUGUUUCUCACCAUGGAUCUGGAGCCAGUACCCCCCGAACCCACCCAAGGCGGGCUCCCGGACCCUGAAGGCGGAGAAGGGACCUCUGAGGAUGUGCAGGAGAUUCCCACACCUGAGCUGUUCUUUUUUGGUGACAGAUCUGAGGAACUGUCCCACAUUGAUGUAUCAGUAGAGGAGGUUUUGGAAGAAAUUGAUGAAUUAAUAAGUCACCAGGGCCAGAUGGCUCCAGAGAUGAUCCUGGCAAUUACAGGCCAAUAUACAAGUAAACUAGGAGAAGCAAAAAACCUUGGUAUAAAAAAGGCUAUUGCUUCUAAGCUGUCUCUUGGUUUUUUGCACCUAAUUAUAAAUGGAUGCUAUGGGCUUGGGUUUUGGUAUGGAACUACCUUAAUUCUUGAUGAGAAUACUGGCUAUUCAGUUGGGACUAUCCUGGCUGUUUUCUUCUGCGUAACUUUUAGUAGUUAUUGCCUGGGCACAGCAGCACCACACUUUGAAACUUUCUCUAUUGCUAGAGGAGCUGCCUUUAAAGUUUUCAAGAUAAUUGAUCAGAAACCCACUAUAGAUAGUUUUUCUUCAGAUGGACACAAUCAUCACAUAAAGGGAACACUUGAAUUUAAUAAUGUACAGUUCAGUUACCCUUCAAGACCAGAUGUCCAGGUUUUGAAAGGUCUCACUCUGAAAAUUGACUAUGGACAAACGGUGGCAUUGGUUGGCAGCGGUGGAUGUGGGAAGAGCACAAUGGUCCAGCUGCUUCACAGGUUUUAUGAUCCACAGGAAGAAGUGGUGACUAUACAAUGGACGGACAUAAAGUCCCGUAAUCUGAGACAUUACCGAGAAUUCAUUGGUGUGGUCAGUCAGGAACCUGUUCUGUUUGGGACAACAAUUAGAAACAAUAUAAGAUAUGGUCGAGAGGAUGUAACUGAUGAAGAAAUUGAGAAUGCAGCAAAAGAAGCAAAUGCUUAUGAUUUUAUCAUGGAGUUUCCUGAUAAAUUCAAUACCCUUGUAGGAGAAAGAGGAUCCCAGAUGAGUGGUGGCCAGAAGCAGAGAAUAGCCAUAGCUCGAGCUUUGGUGCGCAACCCUAAAAUUCUCUUGUUAGAUGAGGCCACAUCCGCCCUGGAUACAGAAAGUGAGUCAGUAGUGCAAGCUGCACUGGAAAAGGCCAGCAAAGGUCGAACCACUCUUGUAAUAGCUCAUCGGCUUUCCCCCAUUCGGACUGCAAAUGUAAUAGUGGCCAUAGCUGAUGGUGCUGUGGCUGAAGUAGGAACACAUUCAGAGCUGAUGGAGAAAAGGGGGUUAUAUUAUUCACUUGCAGCAGCACAGUCUAUUAAAACAGAAGACCAUGAAGAAUCAACAGAAACUAUUACCUUAAAAGAUCAUGAAGAAGCGUUCCCCAUCAAUGGGUUGAUUUCGAAAAGAGCAAGCAUAAAACAUGUUCCACAAAAAGAGGCUGAAGAAGAAGCUGCACCUGAAGAGAUCUUCUCAAUAAAAGAUGAUCCGGAGAGGAUCUGCCAUGAAGCUAACAUUUUCUCCAUCACAUUUGCUGUUAUAGGUGGUGUUUGCUUUAUCACUUGGUUUUUGUAG